UUGGGCUGGCUGUCCCCUGCUUCUCCCGUGCCAUGUCCUUUGCUGGGCAUGUCUGUCUAUGGCCCGCUGCUGGCCCUGCCGGGCAGCAUAGUAGGCCUGUCUGGGGUUCCGGUCCCUGGCAGGCCUGGUUGUUCCUUGUUUUCCUGGGCAUCGCACCUCCUGUUUUGGGUUGGGCUCUCUGGGUGGCCUUUUUUCUAUUUUUGAGCUUUCUCAGUUGGUAUAGUGUCCAAACAUGAGGUCUGCCUUCUUCUUCUUCGACUUUUCUGGCGGGUUGCAGCUGUCGCGCCAAUUUUCUUCCCAUUACAAAAACCUUCCUAUCCCCCAUUUACUUCCGGGGUCAUUUCCGCUUACGUCAUUUCCUCUUACGCACGUCAUUUCCUCUUACUGCCCGUCGCUGGUUUUUUUUUCAUUUUUUAUAAUAUAGUCAUUUCCUCUUACGUCAUUGACAGCGAUCGAUAGAAUCGAUAGAAUCCAAAUCUCCUGAAAAUGGUGGUGUCACUGAAUGAUAUUCGUCUUUAUCUUUCCCAGGGGACUUAUGUCAAACACCAGCAGGCUUCGAAACAUUUCAAGCGGAGUGUUAGGGCCGCUGCUGGGAACUUCUGUCUUCGUGAAGAGGUCCUGUACCAUGGGAACAGAAGGGUCAUUUGGACAGAGGAGGAGAAAGUGGCUGUGUUAACCGAAGCCCAUGCAGGCCAUUUUGGACCACGGAGGAUGCAAGCGAAGAUUGCUCCCCGGUUUUAUUGGCGGUCCAUCACAAAGGACACAUUGGAUUGGAGUUAUGGAGGUUCUUCCAAACAAUAUGGUUAGGCUGGAGACCCUGGAUGGAAAGCCCAAGCAUAUGAUGACCCCGUAUGCAUCACUGAAACCUCUGCGCCCGAGGACUCACCCUGGCUGGCCAAAGGAUUCCCCUUCAGCCCCUGUGCUUCCAGGAGAUGCUGAAAUGCUGACUUCAUCAUCGGAGGAGGAAACUGAGUGUCAUUGUUUCACGGACCAUACAUAUGCUGGCCCCACAUCACCCUGGAAAAAGGAGCUGCACCCCGACCAGAAACAACUGCUCGAGUAUGUUUUGGCCUGCGAUCGUCCAGCUAUGGAGCUGAUCAUUAAAGAGGGAGGGGUGUAUUUAACCCGAGAAGAGUUUUGGUCUCUCGGGUUGUCCAGAGACAUGGACUCCACGGGCAAAGAUGUCUUCAUUGCCAACAUGUAUAUUGUACCAACGUGGAAGCACAAAGACGUCGAUCCAAUGUCAAGCCUUCCAAGGGAUGCAAAUCUAAAGGAUGCACUCCUCUUCCCAGCGUGGAGCAAGCACAACGGGCCAGAGCAUUACCUUCUCUGUGUGUUGAGAGAAACUCUCUUGCUGGACUCUCAGUUUGCCCUUUGGCCAUCUGGUUUUGGUGAUGAGCCAUGUUCCAGUGGUGUGCAACAGGGGUCCCCUACCACAGAGUCAUGGACCAGUACUGGUGAAACGUGAUUUUGUUCAUGCUUUGGCAGUGUUCUAAUAGAAUUUUCACUUGUUUAUUUACAAUUUGUCUUCAUGUUUAAAUAUGCCAAGUGGCUUAUUGCAUUUUAUUUUAUUCACAUUUGGCUUUUUUUUACUGCAGGAGCAUUGCGCAGCACAUCGUCCCAGGAAGCUGGAGUGAGCUCACUGGAAAAGACAUGCAGGAGAUCCCACGCCAGACCUCGGGGAAUGACUGUGGUGUUUUCAUGCUCAUGGUAAGUUGAGCAUUUUUAAAGAAGAAGAGUAGGUUAAACUUCCC